AUGGGGCUGUUGUUGCCAUCGUCUGUAUUUUUGUUGGUUCUUUUCACUGGAGCAGAAGUGAUCCUCAGUUCAGGAAGCUCCGAUUGUGUUGCCAGAAACUUUGGCCAUGAUUCCAUUGUGUGUGAGUGUAACUCCACUCACUGUGACAGCAUUGGGCCGGGGAACUUGCCUCCAGUGGGGAACUUCUCCUCCUACCUGAGCAGCAUGGCGGGCAGCAGGCUGGAGGCCAGCCAGGGUCAGAUCCAGGUGAACAGCACUGGAGCAGGCCUCAGACUGACUAUUGUUCCACACCAGAAGUUUCAAAGGAUUAUGGGAUUUGGUGGAGCAAUGACAGAUGCAGCGGCCAUCAACAUCCUGUCUCUUUCUGCUGGUGCACAGGAGCAGCUGCUUCGACAGUACUUCUCCAGGGACGGAAUUGGCUACAGCGUUGUGCGCGUCCCCAUGGCCAGCUGCGACUUCUCCACCCGCCUCUACACCUACGCUGACACACCUGGAGACUACAACCUGGCUAAUUUCACUUUGGCCCCUGAGGACAUUCACAUGAAGAUCCCUCUCCUGCAGCGUGCGCAGACCUUAUCUCCUCGUCCUCUCUCCCUCUUGGCCAGUGCUUGGAGCGCCCCCAGUUGGAUGAAAACUAAUGGCGCCCUCAUAGGAAAGGGCUCCCUGAAGGGAAAGCCAGGAGGCAAGGAGCAUAAAACAUGGGCUCAGUACUAUAUCAGAUUCCUGGAGGAGUAUGCUAAAUAUAACCUCACCUUCUGGGCUGUGACUACUGGAAAUGAGCCCUCUGCAGGCCGUAUGACAAACUACAGCUUCCAGGCUCUGGGUUUCACUGCAGAAGAGCAGAGGGACUGGGUAGCUUUGGACUUGGGCCCCGCCCUGCAUGCCUCUGCGUACCCAGACACUCACAUCCUUUUGCUGGAUGACAGUCGCCUGCUGCUUCCUUACUGGGCUAAAGUGGUCCUAAAUGACGUUCAUGCUGGUCGAUACAUUCAUGGGGUGGCCGUCCACUGGUACAUGGACAGUUUAGUCCCUGCAGAUAUAAGCUUAGGGGUGACUCAUCAACUCUAUCCAGAGUAUUACCUCUUCGGCACAGAGGCCUGCGCUGGCUGGAGUUCACCAGACAGAGGAGUGAAGCUGGGAAGCUGGAGCAGAGCUGAAGAGUACGCUCACGACAUUCUAGAGGACCUAAAUCACCAUGUUGUCGGCUGGACUGACUGGAAUCUUGCACUAGAUCCAACUGGUGGACCAAACUGGGUGAAAAACUUAGUGGACAGUCCAAUCGUGGUGGAUGCAAAGCGGGACGUCUUCUACAAACAGCCUUCUUUUUACAGCAUGGCUCACUUCAGCAAGUUCCUGUUGGAGGACUCUCAGAGGGUGGGCGUGUCUUCCAGUGGGAAAACGCAGCUGGAAUACUCGGCCUUCGUCAGACCAGACAGCUCAGUGGUUCUUGUCGUACUCAACAAGGCAUCGUCUGAGAUCCAGUUUGAAGUCUGGGAUCCGGCUGUGGGCUACAUUCCCUGCACUGCUCCAGCUCACUCCAUACUCACACUGGCCUGGAACACACGCUGA